AUGCUACGAUGCGGCCGCUUGCUACGGCCUUUAACAUUUGGCCCUAGACAAUUUAUACGAACAGCCCAUACUGAUUCCAACUUAUCCCCAGUUUUGUUGACAAGAGCCCGAUUACUCGCCGUUGAACAUACAGAUCUUUCGGAUCGUCUUGCUGAAUCGUUUGAUGCUACACUAGCCAAGCGAUCUGGAGAGCUAGCCCUAGUGACAAAUGCCCUGAAGGAAUGGGACGCUGCGAAUGAGUCUAUUGUUGAAUUGAACGCCCUGCUGGAGGAUAAAGAAACCGAUGAGGAACUUCGAUCGCUCGCGAAGGAAGACUUGAAUUCAACCACAGAUACCCUCCCUUCAAUAUCAGACCGAUUGAAGAAGUCGUUGAUUCCUCGACACCCAUUCGCGGAUCUGCCAUGUUUAGUAGAGAUUCGACCUGGCGCUGGAGGGGAUGAAGCCGGACUCUUUGCAUAUGAGAUGUUGCGGAUGUAUAUAGCCUUCUGUGCCCGGUUAGGUCUCCGGACAACGAUUUUGAAGCACGACGUCGAUGAUACAUCAUCAGAUGAUCGCCUUAGCGAGGGGGUAAUCGAGAUUGAAGCAGAGGGAGGAUAUGAUUUGCUGCGGACUGAAUCGGGGGUACAUCGUGUCCAGAGAGUGCCAGCAACUGAGACCAAGGGCCGCACUCAUACCAGCGCCGUCAGCGUGAUGGUGCUCCCAAGUUUCCCAGAGAGUGCAAGUGGCAUGGACAAUGCCUUGAACUUCGAAGACCCAAACAGCGACUACUAUAUUGAUCCACAGGAGGUGCGAGUGGAUAGGAUGAGGGCUUCAGGCCCCGGCGGACAGCAUGUGAACAAAACCGAGUCUGCCAUUCGAUUGACUCAUAUUCCCUCGGGGACUGUAGUCGCGAUGCAAGACGAGCGGUCUCAGCAGGCGAAUCGACGGAAAGCCUGGCAGAUUCUGCGAGCCAAGAUCGCCGAAGCUCGCCAAGAAGCACGAGAGCAAGAGCUGAUAGAGCUCCGGCGAGGAGCUCUGGGUGGAGUUGCUCGAAUGGGUCGAGGUGACAAGAUCCGAACUUACAACUUCGGCCAGAACCGUUGUACUGAUCACCGCAGUGGGGUUACAGUCCAUAAUUUGGAUGAUGUACUCAGCGGAGGCGACACUCUGGAGACAGUGAUGGAAAGUGUUCGCACUUGGAUGGCCGAUCGUGAGGUUGAAGCCAUGGUCGCACAGGAUUUGGCAAAAGACCAGAAAAAGAAUAAGAAAUAG